AUGGCGGCGUUCUCUCCCACCAACCCCUUUGCCACCUCUCUUGCCUUCAUCCUCUUCUUCCUCCCACUUUCUACAUCAGAGCCGCCGUGGUGGUGGCGAUCCCCACCACCACCUCCUCCUCGAUUGCAACCACCACCACCGUCCCCGCCGCCGCCCCCGUCGCCGCCACCACCGCGGCGAUCGCCUCGUGCACCGCCAAAACCGCCAAAGCCCCCUGAGCGGCCGUACUAUCCGCCAAGUGAAGUCCCCCCCACUCCAUAUCCUAAAAUUCCGGAUCAAGACGUACCCAUCCUUGAGCUUGCACUAAACUUAGAGUAUGUGAUAGCCGAAUUAUUUCUGUAUUCCAGCCUCGGUUAUGGAUUGGACGGGUACGAUCGGACCCUAGCCAUGGGAGGCCCGCCACCUAUUGGUGGACAAAAAGCCUAUACUGACUUUCUAACACGAGACAUAUUCUACCAACUGGGCUUGCAAGCAGUCUCACACGUGAGGGUGCUUCAGUAUUAUAUUAUAGGAUUCCCAAGGCCACUAUUGAAUUUAAGUGCAGCUGUAUUUGCGGAUUUUAUGGACGCUGCAUUUGGAGAUGCCUUGGACCCCUCGUUCGCUGCGUACGGUAGUUCCCUUAACUUGUUUCUUACAGGCUACAUAUUUCCUUACCUUGCGACCAAUUACUAUAUUUACGCAAUCCCACAACUCAAAAGCGCGUCAGCUAGGGAGUUGGCAGCGGGGCUGUUAGGGUCGACUUCAAGUCAGGAUUCAACCAUCAGAACCGCUCUUUACGCAUUUUCAAAUACGACGGUGCCUCCCUACAAAGCCACAGUGGCAGACUUUACCAAUAAAAUUUCAGACUUCAGGAAUCGGUUGGGAAAAGAUACCCUAAAAGAUGAAGCAGUUAUAGUUCCUAGGUACCUAGGUGCGGAAGGAAAAGUUACAGGGAAUCUACAGUCAGGCGACGAUUACUCCCUAAUAUAUAAGAGGAGUGCACAAGAGGUGCUUCGUAUUUUGUACACUACAUCAAAUGAACAUAAGCCAGGAGGUAUAUUCCCACACGGAGCAGGCGGUGAAAUUGCGCAGCGUUAUUUACAAGGCAGCUGA